ACCGCUACCGCUGAUAACACGAACGACGACCUGACGCUGACCGCUGUAGCACCAACGGAGCCUUCGCUUCAAGCCGUCAGUUCAGUUCUAUCUAUCGGCUAGCUAAGUUUCAGUUUCCGGUGACGAGAUAAACACAAACCAAAAUGUCUUUGGACGAGAAAUUCAACGAAGCCGCCGAGAAGGUGAAAACCUUCACCAAACGGCCCACGGACCAGGAAUUGUUGGAACUGUACGCGCUCUUCAAGCAGGCCACCGUCGGUGACAACAGCACCGACAAACCGGGAAUGUUCGACCUGAAGGGUAAAGCCAAGUGGCAGGCGUGGACCGACAGGAAGGGCACCGUCCAGGACGCCGCCAAGGAGGCCUACAUCGAGCUGGUGGAGAAACUGUCCGCCAAGUACUUAUGAGGGCGAAACGUGAAUGGUUGGAUUGGUGUUCGGAAGAAAAUGUUCUGUUGUUAAAUUUUUGUUAGGUUCUGUAUGCUGGAGUUGAAUUAUAACUGCGUGAUCAAUGCGCCGUGAAAUGUUCUCGUUUGCUCGUUAAUAAAUUCUAUAUCAUGCUCA